AUGACCAAUUUCAGCAAGACAUCUUUACCUCCCAAAGAAGAUGGACCACAGUAUGAUAUAUACAAUAACACUUGGACAUCAAAUAAUAAUAGUUCCAGUGAUAGAUCACAGCUGUACUUCUAUGCCCACCAAGUUAUCUACAUCUUCAUGUUAUGUAUCUGCAUUAUUGGACUCGAGGGGAACAGAACCGUCAUCUCCCUUCUUGGUUUCCACAUUAAAAGGAGCUUUUUCACUACAUAUAUCCUGAACUUGGCUGUCGCUGACUUUGGGGUCCUUGUCUUUGGAACUCUGUAUUGUAUUUUUGGACUGGCCCCACAGUGCUUUUCUGAUCUCUUUUCAAUAGUUAACAUAUCUGCUACCUUCUUUUGUGUUGCUAGUCAACUUCUACUGACAGCCAUCAGCGUCGACAGGUGCGUGUGUGUCCUCUUCCCCAUCUGGCAUCGAUGCCACCGGCCACCACACCUGUCCAUCACUGUGUGUGCCCUAAUGUGGGUUCUUGCCUGCUUUCCGUCAGGAAGUCAUGUAAUUCUCUACAAUUUGAAGCACUUUAGAACUGGAUUUGAUUUUUUAUUCUAUCAGUUUAUUGUGAAUGCUGCUCUCUGCCUCCCUCUUAUCACUGCCUCCUCUUUGAUUCUAUUGUUCAAAGUAUUCGGUAAAUCACAACAGCCUCAGAAGGGAAAAAUUUUAACCAUUGUCUUACUUGCUGUCCUUUUCUUCCUAAUUUUUGUUUUCCCAUUGGAUGCUAUUUACACAAUCCAUUACUUUUCCAAUUUUAAAUAUUUCUAUCUAAUUCAAUAUGGCUACUUAUGUGCCUUUCUAAACAGCUUUGUCAACCCAGUGAUCUAUUACAUAGUUGGGAGAAAAAAGAGGGGUCAAAGAUGGGAAAGCAUUAAGGACACACUCAAAAGGGCUUUCAAGGAAGAGGAAGGACAUGAAGAGGAACUGGGCACCACUGCUCAGAUGUAG